UGACGUCACAGAUCCUACCUUUCCACGUGUGGCAUGAGGUCGCGCGGAAAGGUUUCAUCCUCCUCUCGUGCAUCAGUGCAGUAUCGUGUUGUUCUCGAGAGCGCCCGAGCGCUCUGUUCUCUGCCGCUUCAAACACGUUAACAGGUGGGACGAAAAGACAGCCACGAUUUGAACGGGGAAAGUUGAAACAAACACAUUGUCACCAAGGACGUUUGGAGAAUACCUGCAAAAAUGUCUCGAACCCCGGAGGACGUGAACAAACUCACCGAGAGCACAUAUAAGAAUGUGAUGGAGCAGUUUAACCCAAGUCUGCGGAAUCUGGUUAACCUGGGGAAGAGCUACGAGAAAGCAGUGACAGCAAUGACCUUUGCUGGAAAGGCAUAUUUCGAUGCAGUCUCAAAGAUUGGGGAAAAUGCUGCCAUAUCGCCCGUUUCUAGGGAGAUGGGAGUGGUGUUAAUGGAGAUUUCAGAAGUGCAUAAGAAGGUCCAACUGGAGCUGGAGGAGUCUUUCAAGAGGUUCCACAGAGAGCUCAUCACUGAACUGGAAAGGAAAACUGAUAUGGAUAUCAAGUACAUGAAUGCCACUUUCAAAAGAUACCAGUCAGAACACAAAUUGAAGCAAGACUUCUUGGACAAAUCACAGGCUGACCUGAAGAAACUGCGCAGGAAAAGUCAAGGGAAGCAUUCGUCUAAGUAUGAGAGCAAAGAAAAUGAGUGUAUGGAGACCAUCUCAUCCCGGCAGACAGACAUGCAGAGUUUUAUUGCAGAAGGAUUUAAGGAAGCUCUGCUGGAAGAGAAAAGGAGGUUCUGCUUCCUAGUGGACAAACACUGUGCCUUCACCUAUCAGCUAACAGCCUUCCACGACAAGGCCAAGGAAAUGCUGACCGUCAAACUGCCCAGCUGGCAAGAUAAGUGUACCGAUGCCACCAGGGUGCCCGACACAGUGAUAUCCAUGAUUGAGGGUCUGCGGACUCCAAUGUCAGUCAUACCAGAGUCCUCACCUACGUUGGAGCACAGUGACAGGACCAAUUCCGGUUCUAUUGUUCCACCACCGGCCCCAUCACUCAAAGCCCACACAAGCCCACUGGCCAGCAUGUUCUCCCAGGACGUUCCCAAAAGCCCCAUCUCAUCAGAGCAGUACUCAGAUCAAGACAGCCUAGACGGAAACGGCUUGUCUAGGUCUGCGUCUGUGUCUAGUGGCAUGGAUGUGGUGAAGAAGACCAGGGUGCAAACAAUCUUCCCCCAUACAGCAGGGAAUAAUGAGACCCUGCUGAGCUUUGAUGAUGGAGACAUCAUAACACUGCUUAUCCAAGAGGAGCGGGAUGGAUGGCUGUACGGAGAACUAGAACAUACUGGACAACGGGGCUGGUUUCCCUCAUCUUAUUGCCGGGCUUACAAUGACCCAGUGAUCGCAAACAGCAGAGUUGAGAGCCCAUUGCGCAGCCAGAGUGUGACUGAUCCAGAGCAGCCAGAGGAAGACGAGGAGGAACCCGUGCUGCUGCCCCCGCCUGACUACAGUGACUCAUCCAGGGACAGACCCUUCAAGCCCUCCACCCCCUCUUCACAGAACACGGCGUCUUUGCCAAAUGGUCACUCAGUGCCGCCAUUCCUUGGGGGUGGGAAUCCAUUUGCCACAGUCAAACUACGGCCCACCAUGACAAAUGACAGAUCUGCACCAAACAUAUGAUGAGACUGCAUGCCGCCCCUGCCCUGAUGUGAUGUUGUGUCUCAGAGGUUUUGCCUAUAUUGAUGCAUUGCAGAUAUGGCAGAGGAACCAAAUGAAAGGGUUCUGUUACAUCAUCAAUUUUAAUCCUUAAAGUUUCUAAAAAUGAAAACCAGCAGAUUAAAAUGUACAGGAGGCAUUAUUUAUAAGAAUUUUAGACUUUGAUUAAAUUAUUUAAAUUGUAACUGGAUUCAUACACUUGAGUUUCCAAGAGAAUGCACAGCACCAAACAGGCUCUUGAAUAGCUAUUUUCUGACCAUAUUGGUCCUCUGUGUCUGGGGCCUUUAAAGGUAAACCAAAAUCACAAAUGUAUAUUUUAAGGUUUGAGUACUGCAGCCCCUAUUUAGAAACAUGUCGCAUAACCAGAUCAUAUUUCAUUUCAAAAUCCAGUGAAGUAGUGUGAGGUUUGCCAGUUGCCAAAGUGUUCUGGGUUAGUAUGGAUUAAAUGUAGCCUUUUUUUGUUAUACAGUAUCAUAGUUUCAUUGUUUUAAAACGCUGAUGUAUUCCUUAUCCUUAACACCUUUUUCAUGUUUAAAGGAGGACCAUGUAAAGACACUUAGUUGAAUUGUUUAUUCCUCAUGUUAAAGAUGAGUGCAAUGUGUGGUGAUAACAUUCUUACUAGCUGCACAGUUGAAUGUUGGCUUUUUUGGCUUUAACUGGACAUCAGAUCAAACUCAUGAGCAUUCUUCACUAUGUAAGAGAAAUCCUUGGGUCCUAGCUAAAUACAAGAUUUUUUUUUUUUUUUUUAAUGAAGUCUUGUAAAGUUGUGUACAUGUUAUGCCUUUGCAAGCAUGUUAUCAUGUAGGGGAAACGGUGUAUUCUUUCAUACUUUUUUUCUUUUUGUGUUGUUUUAUUGAUUCAUUGCCCCUUUUCUUUUCAUACCACAUUACUCCGAAAUAAAGAUAUAUAUGUCUAUUUGAAA